CCCCGGGCUGGGUACAUUGUCGCGCGGCCGCUUCCCCCCCGGGCCGGGCCCCGCCGUCCCGCGGUCCCCCGAGCGCCAGGCCCCCGGGGGGAGGGUGGGAGGGAGGGAGCAGGGCUGGUGGGCGGCAGCGGCGCACGGCGGGACCCACGGAGCCCCGCGACCCGCCGAGCCUGGAGCCGGGCCGGGGCGGGGAAGCCGGCUCCAGCCCGGAGCAAACUUCGCAGCCGGGCGGGGGGUGGCGGGGACCCCGUCCGGAGCCGGAGGAGGGGGCGGCCGCGGGCCCUACCGCCUCUGCUCCCGCGUCUCCGGGCACCAUGCUGUCCAACUCCCAAGGCCAGACCCCGCCGGUGCUGUUCCCCAACCCGCCGCCGCCGCCGCCGCCGCCGCAGCCCCCCGCCCCGGCCCAGCAUCACCCCCCGGCCCAGCCGCCGCCGCUGCCCCCGCAGCAGUUUCCCCAGUUCCAUGUCAAGUCGAGCCUGCAGAUCAAGAAGAACGCCAUCAUCGACGACUACAAGGUCACCACCCAGGUCCUGGGACUGGGCAUCAACGGGAAAGUUUUGCAGAUCUUCAAUAAGAGGACCCAGGAGAAAUUCGCCCUAAAAAUGCUUCAGGACUGCCCCAAGGCCCGCCGGGAGGUGGAGCUGCACUGGCGGGCCUCGCAGUGCCCACACAUUGUGCGGAUCGUGGAUGUCUACGAGAACUUGUAUGCGGGCAGGAAGUGCCUGCUGAUCGUCAUGGAGUGUUUGGACGGUGGAGAACUCUUUAGCCGAAUCCAGGACCGAGGAGACCAAGCGUUCACAGAAAGAGGUAGAAAGGAAGCGUCAGAAAUCAUGAAGAGCAUCGGUGAGGCCAUCCAGUACUUGCACUCGAUCAACAUUGCGCAUAGGGAUGUCAAGCCUGAGAAUCUCCUAUACACCUCCAAAAGGCCCAAUGCCAUCCUGAAACUCACAGAUUUUGGCUUUGCCAAGGAAACCACCAGCCACAACUCUUUGACCACUCCUUGUUAUACGCCGUACUAUGUGGCUCCAGAAGUGCUGGGUCCCGAGAAGUACGACAAGUCCUGUGACAUGUGGUCCUUGGGUGUCAUCAUGUAUAUCCUGCUGUGUGGCUAUCCCCCCUUCUAUUCCAACCACGGUCUUGCCAUCUCUCCGGGCAUGAAGACUCGCAUCCGAAUGGGCCAGUAUGAGUUUCCCAAUCCAGAGUGGUCAGAGGUGUCAGAGGAAGUGAAGAUGCUUAUCCGGAACCUGCUGAAAACAGAGCCCACUCAGAGAAUGACCAUCACGGAGUUUAUGAAUCACCCCUGGAUCAUGCAAUCAACAAAGGUCCCUCAAACCCCACUGCACACCAGCCGGGUCCUGAAGGAGGACAAGGAGCGGUGGGAAGACGUCAAGGAGGAGAUGACCAGUGCCUUGGCCACAAUGCGUGUUGACUACGAGCAGAUCAAGAUAAAGAAGAUUGAAGAUGCAUCCAAUCCUCUCCUUCUGAAGAGGCGGAAGAAAGCUCGGGCCCUGGAGGCCGCGGCCCUCGCUCACUGAGCCUCUGAGCCCAUCCUGCUCCAAUGGAGGACAAGCAAUAACUCUUGACCUGAAUAUAUUUUUUAAGCAAAGAGACACAGAACUGUCCACUUCCACCUCGCCUCCUUCUUGGCGGCGUGGAUCCUGGAACCCCAUCAGGGGCCGCGACCCACCUUUGGUUCUGGCCACCUCAGAGGGAGAGGUUGGGAGGCCGCGAGGCUGGGGGCCGUGUGGAGAGAAGGGAGCAGGAUGCUCUUGACCCUGUGCUCAUUUUGAAAUUUUAUCAGUAAUUUGACUUAGAAUUUUUAUGAAACCUUUUACUGUUCUUUCCCCCACUCUGCCUCCUCUUACCCAGACCCCUUCCUCUGUGGAUGUGUAAGGGUUCGGCGUUGGUUCAAAGGUAUUUGUGGAAACUGUUCUAGGGACUGUCCCUGUGUUGUCGCACCUGCCCUCUUUUCCCACUACAGCCCGAGGCCCCUGCUGGCCGAGGCAUUCUGGGAGCUCCAGGCCCUGUGGGGGGCCGGGGCCAGGAUGCCACCCACCUCUGCCGGAGCCCUCAGAUGUCACCAGUGUGCUAGACGGACAGGCGAGUGUGAUUGCGCGUGCGUGCGUUUGCGUCUGUGUGUGCAUGUGUGCCCACACCUGUGUCUGGGACUGUGCAUUUGAGGGGCGCGGGGCAGGCAGGGCUGCAGAGAGAGGGGCCCUGCCGUGGCUCAAGAACCUUACCCAUCCUUGGGCCUGCCAUGCCCAUAUCGGGUCUGCCAAAGUGCCUGAGAAGCCUGUCCAGAUUCCCAGCCGGGCCCCUGUGCCUGCCCAUUGGCUGGUUCUGGGAGGCAGAGAGGAGUGACUUAGGCACUGACACAGCGAUCAGGAAGACUGGACCAUCCCCACCCUGGCCCCCUACUCCCCAUUCAGUGCUGGUCCUAGUCCUCUGAGGCACUUAUCCACCGAGCAGCCUCCCUCCUUCCUCCUGCCAUUAUUAACUGGUUCUUGUUGAUUUUUCCUCUGUUUUUAGCCACUCCCACCAGGCCUUCUCUCCGCUCAUGCAGGGGAGCCAGGGCCCUUCAGAAGUGACACUUCUGCAUUUCGCAGUCUCUCCAGGGCUCUGGGGGCACUGGCCUGCUCCCCCUUGUGGACAAAGGCAACACCACGCGUGUGGUCCUGCAGAUUUCCACUGUGGCCUAGUGGGUGGGUGGGGGAGUCUUCACACCAAAGAUGUCCCGACUCUGCCCCUUCCCCAUUAGCCCGUUCACCUCCACCCCAGACAACUCAGCUUAGCAUGUCCAGGCCAGUGAGGGGGGCGGGGGCGGGGAGGGCCCUCCCCCUCCCCCUCCCCCUCCCCUGCUAUGAACAACACGGGGAGAAGUCCUCCGUGCCAGGGUCUUUACAGGGCGGGGGGUGGCACUAAUACUACAGCCCUCCUCUCCCUUGGGAUGGGUUGCCAGAGGGACAGCCAGGAUCUUCUCUGGGUGUGGGGGAGGGGCUCCGAGUGCCCACAGUGCCUCCCUGUCUCUGAUGGUGUGCCCAGCACUCAGAUUGUUGUAAACUGUUGUUGUUUUGUAUGAGCGAAAUUGUCUUUACUAAACAGAUUUAAUAGUU